UGUGUAUAUCCAGUGAAAACCACCCGGAGACGGACAGACACAGUUUUUUUUUGACCGUCCCAAUGUGUGUGGCCUAUAAAUAUGUUAUUCUAAACCCAGAGGGAUCAUCUCAUGGACACAACAGCACACAGAACAUGAGGGAAUAAUCGGGAGGGAGGCUCGUCUGUGGCGUUUUGUUGAACAGUGGGGGAAUCACAGCUGCUGGCUGCGAAAAUGUCGGGAAAAAUAGAGAGCAAGCAAGACUCGCAGCGGUCCCAUUUGUCCUCUUUCACCAUGAAGCUGAUGGACAAGUUCCACUCUCCCAAGAUCAAGAGGACUCCAUCCAAGAAGGGCAAGCAACUGCAGCCCGAGCCAGCAGCCAAGAGUACCGAGAAACCUGCAAACAAGAAGGUCAGCCGGCUGGAGGAGCACGAGAAGGACGUGGUCAGUGCUCUGCGCUACUUCAAGACAAUCGUGGACAAAAUGGUCGUGGAGAAGAAGGUGCUUGAGAUGCUUCCAGGCUCGGCCAGCAAGGUGCUUGAAGCCAUCCUGCCUCUGGUUCAGGUAGAGGCCCGGAUACAGCACAGUUCGGCGCUGUCUUCCUGCCACAACCGCGUGUACCAGAGCCUCGCCAACCUCAUCCGUUGGGCGGACCAGGUGAUGCUGGACGGCAUCGACUUGGAGGACAAGGAAAAUGUGGCGUCCGUCACCAGCGUCAUCAAAGCAGUGCUGGAUGGAGUAAAGGAAUUGGUGAAGCUGACCAUCGAGAAACAGGAGCAGCCGUCACCCACCAGCCCCAACAAACCAGCACCACCUGCUAUCACAGCAGAGAGCAGCGCGUCGUCAGAGAUGCCCUUGGUAGAUCGGGAGCAGGAGGUCUCCAAUAAGACGGCUCCGGCAGCUACUCCCGCCGAGGCUGCCUCGGACACACCAGAUGAGGACGUGGCCCCUCCCAAACCCCCCCUACCUGAAGCCAAAAUGGCAGAGCUCAGCCCUCCACCAGCUCUCCCCCCUAAGAAGCGUCAGUCGGCCCCUUCGCCCACACGGGUUGCGGUGGUUGCCCCGAUGAGCCGCGGCUCCAGCCUGCCGUGCAGCGUCCACAGACAGCAGCAGGACUAUGAGCAGGAGUUCCUCCAGAGGCGUUUCUCCGGGGGGAGCCAGUCCUACGGGGGAGACUCCCCACGCCUGUCUCCGUGCAGCAGCAUGGGGAAACUAAGCAAGUCGGACGAACAGCUCUCCUCCAUGGAGCAGGACAGUGGUCAGUGUUCACGUAACACUAGCUGUGAGACGCUAGACAACACAGAGAAUUACGACCCGGAUUACGACUUCCUCCACCAGGACUUGUCGGCCGGGGAAAACCUUCCCCCGAUACCGGUAGGAGGGUGCCUGAGCCCCCUGCCUGAGUCUCACAGCGAGUCCUCAUCCCCGGUCCCCGGACAGCAUCCCUCGCACCCCCGCUUCAGUGCUCCUCCCCAACAGCAGCAGUCUGAAUACUGGACCCCGCAGCCCAAUCAAACCAACCCCUUACAUUCCUUCCGCGUCAGCGCUCCCCCCGCCCUCCCCCAGAAGAAGCGACGCAGCACCCAGACAUCGCCCUUCCCCGACGCAGGGUCCAGGGUGCUGUAUGAGCGCUACCCCUCCCAAUAUGACAACUUGUCGGAAGAGGAGCUGCACCCGACGCCGCCGUUCCCCCUUUUCACACCCAUCUCACCCAUGCCCCAGACAAACGGGGGCGUGUUCGUCGCCCAGUACAUGGCCGGCGAGCAUUCGGAUGUCGCCGCCAGCCCACCUCCAUUGCCAGAAAAGAAAAGCAGACACAUCCUCCAGUACAUGCAGUUUGUGGAAGACUACUCCGAGCCGCAGCCUUCUAUGUUCUACCAGAUGCCACAGAGCGAGAGCAUCUACGAGCAGCGCAACAAGCGCUUCCAGGAGGUUUACGGCUUCAACGACUCCUUCAGCAGCACCGACUCAGUCCACGAGCCGCUGCUGCCUCCAGCAUUGCCCCCGAAACAAAGGCAACUGAGCGAGAGCGCAAACGACGAGGGCGGGGAGGGGGAGUACGUCAACUUGUACUCGUCCAGCCAGGCCAAUGGGGAGCUGCCUCUCUCCCUCAGAGAAACAAUCACAGCUGACGAUGUGCUUCAGGACCCCGCCCCUCAGAUGCCAUCCACCAACAGCAAAGAGGCUUUGGACAAGGAGAGAAGGCAGAAGUCGACAGAGUCAGCGGGGAGUGAUGAGGAGGACGUUGACGAGCUCUCCCUCAUAGAUCACAAGGAGAUUAUGAGCAGGAUAACACUAAAACAAGAAAGUGACGACGGCCCUGACGUUCGUGCUGGAUCAGGAGAUAUUCUAUUAGUCCACGCUACAGAAACCGACCGCAAAGAUCUCGUUUUGUACUGUGAAGCCUUUCUGACUACGUAUAGGACUUUCAUAACCCCCGAGGACCUCAUUAAGAAGCUACACUACAGAUACACUAGGUUCUGCCACAGUCCGGACACCUUCAAGAAACGAGUCAGCAAGAACACAUUCUUCGUGCUGGUCCGUGUGGUCGAUGAGCUGUGCUUGGUGGAGCUGACGGAGGACAUCUUGAAACAGCUGAUGGACCUGGUGUUCACGCUGGUGUGCAACGGCGAGCUCAGCCUCGCCCGCGUGCUCCGCAAGAACAUCCUGGAUAAGGUGGAGCAGAGGAAGCUGCUGCGCUACACUAACUCCCUCAAGCCACUCGCUGCCCGAGGGGUCUCUGCGAGGCCUGGAACUCUCCAUGACUUCCGCAGUCACGAGAUCGCGGAUCAGCUCACUCUUCUUGAUGCUGAGCUCUUCUAUAAAAUUGAGAUUCCCGAGGUGCUGCUCUGGGCCAAGGAGCAGAAUGAGGAGAAGAGUCCGAACCUGACUCAGUUCACAGAGCACUUUAACAACAUGAGCUAUUGGGUCCGAUCUUUGAUAAUUCAGCAGGAGAAAGCUCAAGACAGAGAGAAGCUGCUUCUCAAGUUCAUAAAGAUAAUGAAGCACUUAAGAAAGUUGAAUAAUUUCAACUCCUACCUGGCAAUACUAUCCGCUCUGGACUCCGCCCCCAUCAGGAGAUUGGAGUGGCAGAAACAGACCUCAGAGGGAUUGGAGGAAUAUUGUACGUUGAUUGACAGCUCUUCGUCCUUCAGAGCCUACAGAGCUGCUCUGGCUGAGGUGGAGCCUCCAUGCAUCCCGUACCUGGGCCUCAUUCUGCAGGACUUGACCUUCGUCCACCUGGGGAACCCUGACCUCAUUGAGGGGAAGGUCAACUUCUCCAAACGCUGGCAGCAGUUCAACAUCCUGGACAGCAUGCGGCGCUUCCAGCAAGUGCACUAUGAGCUGAAGCGCAACGAAGACAUCGUCUGUUUCUUCAACGACUUCAGUGACCACCUGGCGGAGGAGGCCCUGUGGGAGCUGUCGCUAAAGAUCAAGCCCAGGAACAUCACCAGGCGCAAGACGGAACGCGAGGAGAAGACCUAGGGCCCCGUGGGCCUCCGAGACUGACCUCCAACUGUGCUUCAUGACACUAACUCCACUUUACUACAGACUGAGAGAAAGACGAAUGGAAGCUAUCCGCUGGAGCUAAUGGAAGACUCGUUGUGGGGGAUGCAGAACAAACUACAGACAACUGAAGCGUGGCUGAGGUUUACAAAGAGCUCUGCUGCUCUGGGAGAUUAUAUUUGGGAUUACUGCGGCUCCGGCGUUUAGACGGGUAGAGAUUCGGUGGCUACGGUGAAAAACGAGAGGGAAGCCCGGCCCCAAAGGAUGAGUGAGGAAUCACACAGAGCGGACAGGGAGACGCUACGGAAAUAACCAAAGUCUGCUCCCUGGGCUCUCUGUUUUAGAGUGGAGCUGUUGCGUGUGUGAGAUUUGAGCUGAAUGGUCCAUUACUUUCCAAGUUGCUCCUUCCUCUUCCUUUUAUGUAUGUGCCAUUUGUUGGUCUCCUUGACUCAUGACUUCCCCUCAAACAGCAGAACCACAAGAGCAGACCCGCCCCCUGAAACCAGAUGAGGGGGUGAGGGGGUUUGUACUCGAGAAGAAAGGAUGAACAUAAGAGACUGGAACCGAUGAGUUUGUUUUGAAACAUUUUGUGUAAGAAUCAUGUAUGGUUAUGAAAUGUAUUAUAUACAGUGCUCCUUUUGUUCUUAAAAAGGAUGUUUAUGCUUAUGAGAAGAGCUUAGCUUCUCCCAAAGUGCCAUACAUGUGUGUGUGUGUGUGUGUGCACUAAAAAAAGCAAAGCAAAAACACAAAAAGAUAAAUUACUAAAGAUGCUGUGAUCUAUGUAUGUCAUACUGAAUAAUUGUGUGCCGUGCUCAAGUGUAGAGAACCAUCAGGCAAUCACAAUCACAUCCCAGCCAUGUCGGUGUGUGAAAGCGUGUUUGUGUGUGACUGAAGUCCUCGGUGACUUGUGUGUUUGUCAUUCCAAAAUGUGCUGUAGUAAAUCAUUUUGACUCCCCUCUUGGGAUAUUGGUCAAAACCAACACAUCACACUGUGCUCUCAAA